UUUAAAUGGCACUGAACACAUUCUUCCACAGAACACAUGUCCACAGAAUGUAUCCUUCUUUAAAAUGAUUGUUUAAACAGAAAGCAAUUUCAACAGAAACAGUCUUUUAAACGUCUCAACUAAUCGAACCAUUGGAUAAAGUCUGAAUGAACUUUGAAUCAACAGGUCAACAGGGUCUGAAGUUUCAAAGAGCCUAACUGAAGCUUGGAAGAGCUGGAUCACAUCAAGAGUCCCUUUGAACAAACACACGUGCAGUCGAUAGCUCCUGAGUUUGAUAUGAACGUGUGAAACAACACUGCCGUUUCUUCUGUCAUCUUAACAGAAGAGGUUUUAUGACUUGCUUUCAAGGUGUCAGAACAAUAACUUUGAUCUCUUAAAUGUUUAUUACAAUGGGGGGGCAAACCUGUCUUUCGCUUGUGCGUAACUGUGCGUAAGGAUCAAAGUCGCCAAACGGCACAGUGCGCUAUUUUUGAGUUUCCAAGGGAGGAAUCGGGGAGUCAAUGAAAAAUGACAAAGCUGACGAAAAUAACGUGGGUUUGGAUUUGUGCUCAAGGUCAAUAAUAACAAUUAAACUAACAAAAAAAUAUAUGUGUAAUUUAUGUUUUUAUUUAUCCAAAGCCUUGAAAGAUAAACUCAGUGUACAACCCAUCCUCCAUGUAACAUUUUCAAGGAACUCGUGAAAUGCGUUCAGGUCGAAUUCUGCUUUACAAGACCUGAAGAAAGUUGUCUUCUCAUGGGACACACGAAAAACCACACGGUGCAGUUGGAGUUCUCCCCAAAAAAAUGUAACUGCGAAUUUGGUGAUUAUCCAGCUGUGACUGGAUAAGCGAUUAUGUAAAUGCUGCGACGUGUAGACAGCGACACCCGUCUCUUUAUCGAAGUAAUUGGUUUCCACCUAAGACACAGUGCCCAUUAUUCUACAUUAAUGGAUUCAUUUAGGCGCAGUUAACCUCCCGUGGUGAGUGCACUUCCUCAGGAGAUCAGCUCCAAAUUGUCUUCAUUCCAUUUCUCUAUGAAAAUGAUGAAAAAUUGACAACGAUGGAGCCACUUGUCCAUGAGCACCGAGCUUGUCCAAAGGCUGGAUUUAGUUUAUUUGAGCCUUUAUUGCCAGACGUGAAGACAAUGGCCCUGAAUAAAAUCUCCACUCGGGUUCACACCUUGUUAACACCGCCAUUAGUCUCCCUUUACAUUCCCUGAUUGGUGAUUUACAUUUGCGACCAAAUAGCAUCUUUACUGCUGUUUACCGAGGCUUUGAGGGGCGCCGAAGAGUGAAGGGGAGCAUUUCAUAUAAAAAGUGGGCCUUCCAGGAGCCUGCAGUCACUCCAACUCCAAGCUGCUGGACGGUUGUGUGGACCGAGGACCCCGAAGCGCCAGGAAUCUACUCAGACCCCCGAGAUGUUGAUGUUUGUGAUCAGCUUUGCGUCUCUGCUGUGCGCCGCCGCCGCACGGCCUUCGCUCAGCUACCUGGAGAAUCACUUCACCGCCGAGAACGAGUCGGAGGAGGUCCGCUCGGCUGCCAUCAAGAGGCUCCUGGAGGUGUUUGGGAUGGAGGACCCCCCUGCUAUCAUCCAUGGGCACAAGCAGGCACCCCAGUACAUGCUCGAUCUGUACAACACGGUGGCUGACGUGGACGGCGUGACCAAGGACCCGUACCUCCUGGAGGGCAAUACCGUGCGCAGCUUCUUUGACAAACUGCGCAGCGAGCAGGUGGAGUACAGGUUCAAUUUGUCCACGGUGGCCAGGACUGAGAAGAUCCUCACUGCAGAGCUCCAUCUCUUCAAACUGCGACCUCAGGCCUCUCUGACAUUCAACAGGCAUCACUUCUGCCAGGUGAGUGUUUAUCAGCUGCUGGACACCAGCGUGAGCAACAACACACAGGAGAAGAAGCUGCUGUCCUCUCGCCUCAUCCCAGUUCACUCUACUGGUUGGGAAGUGUUCACCAUCACACAAGCUGUUCGCUCCUGGAUGAUAGAUGAAGGCAGCAACCUGGGGCUCCAUGUGGUGGUUCGGACCCUGGGAGGAAGCCAGAUGGAUAUGAAAAUGAUCCGCUUUGCUUCAGGGCGCAACCACCACCAGAGCAAACAGCCCAUGUUGGUCCUGUUCACUGAUGACGGCCGCCGCUCCACUUCUCUUGAGAGCUUAGACCCAAACGAUACCACUGCCACGUCCAGCCUCCCCCAGGCCCCCAUGUCCGGCCCACCCUCCCGCAGCGCCCGCUCCGUGGACUACAGCGAGGAGGAAGGUAUGUCCUCGCCCUGCCAGCGCAUGCCCCUCUACGUCGACUUCGAGGAGAUCGGCUGGUCGGGAUGGAUCGUGUCACCCCGGGGCUACAACGCGUACCACUGCAAAGGCUCCUGCCCCUUCCCCCUGGGCCAGAACAUGAGGCCGACCAACCACGCCACCGUCCAGUCCAUCAUCAACGCCCUGAAGCUGAUGAAAGGCAUCGAUACGCCGUGCUGCGUGCCGGACAAGCUCUUCUCCAUCAACCUGCUGUACUUUGACGACGAUGAGAAUGUGGUGCUGAAACAGUACAACGACAUGGUGGCUGGAAGCUGCGGCUGCCACUGACGUCAGCUAGUCACUGGUGUCGGACUGCACAGAUGUUCAUAAAAAUACAGACAGGGCCCACUGUCCUUUAAAACUCAAUCGCAGCUAAUGAAUAAUGUGCAGAGUGCCAUGUGUGGCAUUGUAAUAUAUGUAAAUAUCCAUAAAUUAUAAUAUAUGGCAG